UCAUGGCAAAAUUUAUGUGGCAACUCUAAAUAAACAUACCGAAAAAUACCAACUAUAAAUUAUAAUACAAAUGCAAGGAAAAUUGAAAAUAGAAAACAGUGCCACAAUAUUAAUAAUAUUUAAACAAAAAGUGAUAAUUAGUAAUUUCUUUGAAUUAACAAAUACAUAAAAAAUUAAUUUUAUAUCGAAUACGUAACAAUAAUGAUGCAGAAAAGUAAUAAAGUGCAUGUAUUGGAAGCAGACGAUACUUCUAGUACUGUAUACAAACUUCCCGUUGGUGGGGACCAAAAUCGAACCACUCAUCGAAACAAAUCAGCUGGUGGCUCAAAGAGAAAAAGGGGAACAACGCGACGGAAGAAGCGCCGUUAUACGAAUAUUGAAGAGGAUGAGCCUGAAGAAGAACUGAGAUUGAGCAAUAAAAAAGUAUGCGUAAUUUGUGGAAACAGCCAAGAAAUAGUUGAUUUAUCAUCUAAUCCAAUAAUGAAAAAGACAAUGGCCUCCUACUGCGAAGGCGAUGAUGUGAACUUGGAUGAUUGUUUGUCAUCACUCUGCAUUACUUGUGUCUUUAAAUCAAGAGCUGUAAGAGAAGUACAGAAUAAUAUCAAAGUGCGCUUGCAAGGCCUUGGAAAUGGUCAACUAUUAAAAACGUCCCAGUGUCCUGCGAAGAAGGAAGAAAAUUUGGAUAUAUUGGAAUAUAAUGAAGAUAUUGAUAGAGAAGGCAAUAUCAGAUUAAAGAAUAGAGACAACCGUUUAAUGAAAACACGUACUAAUGGUUUAUGUCAAUAUGUGCAAUCGUCACCAGAGACUAAAAGAAACCUGCAAGCCAGUGAAACAAGUCCACGUCUGCUUACUGCUGCCCUUACGGCUACCGUUGAACCACCACCUGCUACAAAUACACCAACUUUUAAUCAUCUACAAUACACAUCACUUAGUAAAUGCAUUGAUAUUAACACUGUGCUCGAUAACUCCACAGAGGAUGCUGACAAUAAAAAUACUGUACAACUUACAAAAUAUAGACUGACUGAGAUUUCAGGUACGACAACAUCAAUACAACAACUGGAAGCCAAGAAUACGGACUAUAAUCCCGCCGUAACUAGUUCGCUCUUAUCCACAGAAAGGAUCGAAUUAUUGGCAUUAGCAAAUGUGCCUGAGUUGCCGUCAUCGUGUUCAAAUUCCACACACUCACAUAACGGUAUGAAUCAAUCAAUGCUACAGGUUAUCCGUGAACGUUCCGAAUCGGUUUUAAUAACAGAAUCGGGUGGGAAAAUCAACAACUAUAAAAGUGCGUCACGCCCGAAGGCGCGCAGAGUGUGUCGUUUUUGUGGUAACACUUAUAUACGCAAAGAUCACUAUAAUAAACAUAUACGUCGCUGUCGCAAUCAAUAUUCCCGAAGCUUACCGCCAUUGAGUGCCAAUGUUACGAACAAACUCGACAAGAGUCAAACAGUGCCACAAGUAAGUGCCAAGCGAAAUCUCGUGAACAGUGUCAUUCGAAGUGCAAGCCCCACAAUUGGCGAAGCUGCUAAACGUACACGCCAGUUUCACUGCACCGAAUGUCAAGCCACGAUGGAUAAUAUCACACUCUUGCGACAGCACCGUGCAACGCAUCUUCGUGAAUACAAAUGCGAUAUGUGUUAUAAAAAAUUUAAUACUUUAUAUGAACACGACUUUCAUCGCAUCGUUUGUUUGGCCGAAAAGGAAGUGUGGCAUGAACAAACACUGAGUGAAGAUGAAGAAAAUACUGCGAACGAUGACAAGAAAUCUGUGGUUAGAUCCAAACGCUCAGUCGCAAAGUCUACCGCUAGCCGUCGUGUGACGCGUGCGCAAAGUCGUGCGCGUACAGAUAUCGUGGAAAAACCUAAAAACCAACCUAUGGUAAGACGCCGUUUAACUGUUUUGACUAGCGUCUCUCGCUAUGUGCAUGGCAACAAUAAUAGUGAGGAUAGUGAUAUGGAUGAAGAUGAUGAUGAUGAUGAUGUUUCCAUUGCCGAUUCAAUGGAUUCGAGGCGUAGAGUGUAUACGGGUGAUUGGCUAGAGAGGCGGAACGAUAGUGAAGUUUGCGAACUGCCCGAUAUACAAAUCGAUAGUGAAAAAGAAUAUGAUCUUUACCUGUUGGAUAGGCUGAAGGCGCAAAUCAGCGCACAGGAGUUUACAUGCUUAGCAGACAACUGUGAUUUCUUCACCGAUACACUAUUGAAUUUAAUGCUACACGAUUACGUGCAUCAUUUUAAAAGCUCAUGGUUCUACUGUCAAAAAUGUGGUAGCGUUUUUACCAGCAAAGUUUUCUUGGACUAUCAUUUAGACCGGCAGAAUGGAGGCAGAUUCAUUUGUUACAAGUGCAAUGAACAAUUUAUGUUUCAACAUCAAUUGGAUUUACAUCUAAUAUAUCACACAAAACAGCUAAAUCAUACCUGUGAUAAAUGUAAAUGUGAAUUUCUCUCGGAUGAAAAAUUGUUUCAGCAUACGAAACUUGAGCACAGUAACGAAACCGACAAGAAUUUAAUACGUAUACAAAGUAAGGCAACAUACGCGUCUUCUCGUUCGCCAAACGACAACGAGUAUUUGAAUGGCAGGCAACGGAAAAAGUACAACGUGAAAAUACUCAAUAUGCGGCUGCCGUACAUGCCUACGAAAAGACCGUUAGAAUUACCGGGUCAUAAGCCAUACCGACGUCGUAUUGGCGUUAUAGAAUUCGAAAAUGAGCGAAAUCCAAAUUGUUGUAGUUGUAAAUAGUGCCGACACGCUUGACAACAAUGUACAUUUGCUUACGUUACUCAUAAUUUGACAAAGAAAAUCAACACGGAAAGUAAUUAAAAUAUACCAAAUACUUAACCAUGAUUCAGUUAUGUAAGGCUGAAAUGUCUGAGAAAUAUAUUUUUUUUAACAUAAAAACAAAGUAAAACAACAGAUUUAGAUAUAAUGUGUCAAAAUUGUAACACUUUUGACAUAUUGUUGUUUUUAGACUAACGACACAGCCUUAUAUAAUUGAAUCAUGUACUUAACGGUACAAAGAAUUUACAUUACACAACUGGUGUUUAACAUUUUUAUUUUUCGCUUUUGCGCCUAUUUAUGAAAAUAAUUCAUAUAAUUUGUCAAUAAUGUUUUCUCAACUCAAUUUCGAAUUGAAUAUUGUUAUUUAUGUUCUUAAAACAUAUAGUUAAAUCUACUUUUGUGCAAAAUUUAUUGGUUUUAAAUCAAUUUAGCAAAUUUUUGUACAAUUGGCAACACUAAUCUCAUAAAUGAUCAAUAUUAUUUUAUAAAAAAAUUUCUUAAUUUAUUGUGCAACAGUAAUUUUAACUGAAAUAUGGAAAUAUGCUAAUUGGACCAUUAAGAGUUGAGAUCGCAUUCAAAAAGUCUGAAAUGUGAAACCUUAAUUUUCCAAGGUACAUAACAUAUUAUGUAUGUGUUUUUCAAAUAAUUGUAGUUAAACAAAGUUAGAAAUUAAUGUAUUUUAUGAAAAUUAUGAACAUCACUUAAUGUAGAAAAUUGUGUAAUUGAAUCACAUUCAGAUGUUAAUGCACACACAUAUUUUUUACUAUGUUGCAAGAAUUGUGCAUGAAGUGUCAUUAAUUAAAAAUAUAUACGCUUUUCAAUAAAUCGAAGCCA